CGCACCACAACAAUCCAGUGGGGAAGUCAUUAAAGUGCGCGCGAGUCCACUCUGUACGUGUAAUCGAUUACAGUGUGAGCGCGGAGUGCGUGCGUGUUGUAAAACUUCCAUCUGGUGCCGCGCGGCGUCUCCCCGCGCCUGUUUCUUACAGAUUCCUUUGCCGCCCGGGCGUUUUUGUUUUGUUGUUGUUUUUUGUUUUGCGGAUUCACCCUCAGCCGGUGGGCCCAUUUAAACAUGCCACGCGGCUUUCAUUUGAGCUUCGGCGAUACUUGAAAGUUUGCGCGCAAACCUGGAGAAAGGUCGUGUUUCGGGCCGGGCUUGGAGGGGCGCUCGACAGCUGUAGAGGAUCGUCCGUCCUCCCUCCUUAAACAGCGGGAGACGGUAGUUGGUCGUCCCACGCUGUUGACCCCGGUGUGAAGCGCAGGUUGCUGUUUGUCCUAAUUUAUCAUCGGUCCACAGGGCGCAUAUUGUCAUCCAAAUCUGCAGCUGAAGCCUUUCAUGAUGAGCAUGGAAGUGGACCUCGAUGGAUUAUUUAGGCAAAAUGAAACCUUCGACUAUGACGAGGACUAUUUUUAUAAGGAUGAGUUGGAGACGAGAGCCACCACAGCGGUGGUGGUCCCGGUUCUGUACUCAGUACAGAUGGUCAUAGGUCUGCUGGGGAACGGAUUCCUCCUGGCCGUUCUGGCUCAGAAGAGGCGAUCCUGGAGUAUGUCAGACACCUUCGUCCUCUACCUGAGCGUUGCAGACGUCCUGCUGCUGCUGGUGACGCUGCCUGUCUGGGCUGCACAGGCAUCUAAAAAUUGUGCCUGGUGCCUCAGCGGAUUUCUGUGCAAGAUGAGUGGAGCUGUUUUUAAUGUCAACUUCUACUGUGGGAUAUUUAUGCUGGUGUGCAUCAGUCUGGAUAGCUACCUGUCCGUCAUUCACGCCACCCAGCUGUACUCCCAGAAGAGGCCCAGGUUAGCCCAUAUCAGCUGCCUUUUGGUCUGGCUCGGCUCCUUGAUCCUCUCCAUCGCUGACUGGAUUUUCAUUGUGGCCAAAGCAGAUGAUGAGAAAGUAGUGUGUGUUCAUAAAUACUCCGUGGCACGCCUGGCCCACCACACGCUGGGCUUCCUGCUGCCUGCAGCCGCCCUCAUCAUCUGCUGCUCCUUCAUACUGCUACGCCUGCAGCGCAGAUCUGAAGGCCUCCAGAGGCAGAGGUCCAUCAUGGUCAUCCUUCCCCUGGUGGGGGUCUUCUUCCUCUGCUGGAUGCCAUACAACAUCACACUCAUUGUGGACACAGUCAGGAGCAUCUCGAAGGAACCUGACGAUGGAACUCCAGAAGGUUCCCUGGACACGGCUCUGAUGGUCACAUCUAUGUUUGGCUGCAUUCACGCCUGCCUCAGGCCUCUGCUGUAUCUCGGCCUGUGCCGAAACUUCAGGAAACAGAUUCUGGCCCUGCUGAGACGUGCUCCCGUCGAAUCUGUGGGCUCGCUGUGGGAGCUGGGUGUGGGCGAGGAAGUCCUGCCUGACCAGAAUCAGGAGGUGGGAGAGAGAGAGCCGAUGAAUGUUGACCAUCAGGUGCAGUCAACUCAGUGCUGACAGCAAAAAUGACCUCCUGUGACUCAGAGGUGACCUCAGUAAUGCUCCAGCCUCUGAGGGGAAUUCCGUGUGAGGUCAUGUCAUGAGUUCAAGGGGUAAAGGACUAAGUUGUGUAUAAUAAUAGAAAAUAGAUAUUUAUAAAAGAAUGACUCCGUCACAUUGCACUAAAAUGUGACUGUGUCAGAGCCACAUCAUGGUGACAUCUACUGUUGUACUUCUGUUUUGUAAUCACUGUUGCACACCAUCAGCUUGUCACUCCGAAUCAGUUUUUAUUCAAGUGUAAAUAUUUCUUUUAUUGUGUAUUGUUAUUUUAUUUAAGUCAAACUGUUAUUUUAUGUGAAGUAAAAAAAAAGUGUUUUCAGCUGUUCCACAACCAUCAUAAAGCACAUAAUGUUUGUGAUGUCAAGAAACAUAAGCUGUUACCUUGUUAACACACUGUAUAACUUUAUGGCUGACAGCAUAUCACAAGCUUUCACUUUUGAUUUGUCAUUUUAUCCUCAGGCAUUAAAGAGGGUGUGAAUUCCA